AUGGCUGGUGGCGCAAUAAUUACAACAGCACAUACUGGUCCUUAUUUGACUGGUCGAAAACUGAUAUUUCCUUUAUCUUUGGCAAUUUCAUUAUUUUUUCUUUGGGGUUUUUCAUAUGGUUUAUUGGAUGUUUUAAACAAACAUUUUCAAGAUGUUCUUAAAAUAACAAAACUUGAGUCAACAGGUUUACAAAUUGCUUAUUUUGGAGGUGGUUAUCUCUGUUUUUCACCAAUUGCUGCUGAAGUACUUAAGCGUAGAGGAUAUCGUGUAACAAUUAUUAUGGGUUUAUCUCUUUUUGCUCUCGGUGCUAUUUCAUUUUGGCCAACUGCUCAUUUUUCCAAUCAAGAAAAUGCUAAAAAGGCUCUUGGUGGUUUUAUCGUUUGUACAUUUGUUAUAGCAUGUGGUCUGGCUUCAUUAGAAACAGCAGCUAAUUCUUAUGCUGCUGUUAUUGGUGAUCCAAAAACUGCAUCAAUGCGUUUACAAUUUUGUCAAGCAUGGAAUGGUGUUGCAUCGUUUAUUGGCCCAUUAAUUGCUUCAAAAUUUUUCUUUUCGGGAUCUGAUGCUAAUGGUCUCACAAAUGUUCAAUAUGUUUAUUUAGCUGUUGCUAUUGUUGCUGUUCUUGUGGGAAUUCUUUUCUUUUUUGCUAAAAUGCCAGAAUUUCCUGCAGAAGAUAUGGUUCAACUAACAGGUGGUAAUGAAACUAAAAUAAAACCAUUGUGGAAACAAUAUAAUAUGAUAUUUGCUUUUGUUGCACAAUUUUGUUAUGUUGGUGCUCAAGUAACAGUUGGAUCAUUUUUUAUUAAUUAUUGUGUUGAAAAUGCAUCGUAUACUAAUAGUGAAGCAUCAAAUCUUCUCUCUUAUGCUUUAAUUAUAUUCACUGUUGGACGAUUUUUUGGUGUUGCUUUAGCUCAUUUCUUACAAGCAGAUUUAGUUCUUCUUGUUUAUGGAAUAAUUAGUGUUGCAUUUUCACUAUAUAUUUCACUUGGACAUGGUGUUAGUGGUGUUGCUAUUCUUAUGGCUUUAUAUUUCUUUCAAUCAUUAAUGUACCCAAGUAUAUUUGUUAUGGGAACAUCUAAUUUAGGUCCACAUACUCGUCGCGGAGCUGGUAUUUUAGUAAUGGGUGUUUCAGGUGGUGCUGUCUUCCCGCCAAUCCAAGGUACUAUUGCUGAUAAAGCUACUACUCGAAUUUCAUACCUUGUUCCAAUGUUUGGAUAUUUUAUUGUUGCUCUUUAUGCUUCUUAUCAUUGGAUUUCACAUGGUUUUAAAGUAAAACGUGAUCGUCAAUCACCAGAAGUCGUUGCUAUUAUUCCUCCACCAAGUGAUAUGACUGAAAUGGAAAAGGUUGGAAAAGAAGAUAUUGAAACAAAUUCAAUUAAAAGCCCACAUCUUUCAAUUUAA